CCAGAGAAGCCAGGAGCACCCGGCGUCCCAGACAAAUAAGCCACGUAGCAGAUAUGCUGUUAACAACAUGGGCGACCACACUGACGACCAGGAUGGCGACUCCAGCGAGCCAUGUCCUCCAACCGAUGAGCAAUUGGUUGCAGGGUUUUCAGAUGUUAUUCUGGCAACAAUUUUGGCAACCAAGUCUGAAAUGUGUGGCCAAAAAUUUGAACUGAAGAUUGAUAACGUACGGUUUGUUGGGCACCCAACACUACUGCAGCAUGCUCUGGGGCAGGUCUCCAAAACAGAUCCAUCCCCGAAAAGGGAAGCACCUACCAUGAUUCUUUUCAAUGUGGUAUUUGCACUGAGGGCAAACGCUGACCCGUCAGUGAUAAACUGUCUGCAUAGCCUGUCCCGGCGCAUCGCCACCGUACUACAGCACGAGGAGCGCCGCUGCCAGUACCUCACUCGGGAGGCCAAGCUGAUACUGGCACUGCAGGACGAGGUGUCCGCCAUGGCUGAUGGAAAUGAAGGUCCCCAGUCCCCAUUCCAUCACAUCUUGCCCAAGUGCAAGCUGGCCAGGGACCUCAAGGAAGCUUAUGACAGCCUGUGCACAUCUGGCGUGGUGCGGCUCCACAUCAACAGCUGGCUGGAAGUGAGCUUCUGCCUGCCCCACAAGAUCCAUUAUGCGGCUUCUAGCCUGAUUCCUCCCGAGGCCAUCGAGCGGAGCCUGAAGGCCAUCCGCCCUUACCACGCCUUGCUGCUGCUCAGUGAUGAGAAGACCUUGCUGGGCGAGCUCCCCAUUGACUGCUCCCCUGCCCUGGUGCGGGUGAUCAAGACCACGUCCGCUGUGAAGAACCUACAGCAGCUAGCCCAGGAUGCGGACCUGGCCUUGCUGCAGGUUUUCCAGCUUGCGGCUCACCUGGUGUACUGGGGCAAGGCCAUCAUUGUCUACCCACUGUGUGAGAACAAUGUCUACAUGCUGUCUCCUAAUGCCGGUGUGUGUCUGUACUCCCCGCUGGCCGAGCAGUUCUCCCGCCAGUUCCCAUCUCACGACCUGCCGUCCGUCCUCGCCAAGUUCUCCUUGCCUGUCUCCUUAUCAGAAUUCAGGAACCCCCUGGCACCCCCUGUGCAGGAGACCCAGCUCAUCCAGAUGGUGGUGUGGAUGCUGCAGCACCGGCUCCUCAUCCAGCUGCACACCUACGUCUGCCUGAUGGCCUCACCCAGCGAGGAGGAGCCCCGCCUGCGAGAGGAUGACGUCCCCUUCACUGCCCGGGUCGGUGGCCGCAGCCUCAGCACGCCCAACGCCCUCAGCUUUGGCUCCCCAACCAGCAGUGACGACAUGACCCUCACUAGCCCCAGCAUGGACAACUCCAGUGCGGAGCUGCUCCCCAGCGGGGACUCACCGCUGAACAAGAGGAUGACAGAGAACUUGCUGGCCAGCCUGUCGGAGAAUGAGCGGGCGGCCAUCCUCAGCGUGCCUGCGGCCCAGAACCCGGAGGACCUCCGAAUGUUUGCAAGGCUCCUUCACUACUUCCGCGGCCGCCACCACCUGGAGGAGAUCAUGUACAACGAGAACACGCGGCGCUCCCAGCUGCUCAUGCUCUUUGACAAGUUCCGCAGUGUGCUGGUGGUGACCACCCACGAGGACCCCGUCAUCGCUGUCUUCCAGGCACUACUCACGUGAGCCCAGGCAGAGGACAGAGAGGCUGCUGGGGUGUGAGGGUGGGCACCAGCCUCUCCUUACCCUAGGGCCCCCUCCCUGCCAUGUAGGAGCCCUCUAGCCGCGGCGUUGGCUAGGUGGCCAGCCCAGGUCUGACUGAAGGCCUCAGAACCCUGCUGUCCUUGCUGCAGGCAUUUGGGUCUGGUUCCGCAGCAGCCGCACUCUCUUCACCUAGUCCUAGCAGCAGCCCUUAGUGGCACCGAGCUGUAGGGAGCCUUCCAGGACUCCAGUCUGGGUGGGGCCUGCGUCCCAGACAAGUGUGGGCUGCGCCUUUCUGAGACCCCUCUCCCAACCCUGGCCCCACAGGGAAUGUGCAGAAACGCUGGCUUGGCCCAUCCCUGCCCCUCUGAGGGCUGUUCACGUGUGAGCUCUUGGGUGGCACCCCCUUGCCCAUCACCAACUCUGUCCACCACACGCUUCCAGGCUUGCCAUGAGCCUUUCUUGGCCCAGCCCUCACUGUGGUCCCACGUAAGCCACCAGCAGGCUCACAGCCACGCUGUCACCCGUCCUGACCAUCCAGCACACAAGGGCCUGGGCUGGAGCAGCCCUGUCACCCAUGCACACCUGUGGCUGGUAGAAGUGUGAUCCACUGUGCAGGAGGCCACCCUUGGGAGUGUCUGCUCGCUUGCUGAUGGCUCUUCCCUGGUACCCACCUGGGCCUUGCACCGCACAUGCACACAUACACGCACACUACUCUCUCUACCUCCCACCCCCUGCUGCCACCCCUGGAGGAAGAGUGGGCCCCAGAU